AUGAAACGAAAAGGUGAUAUACUUCUGCAGUCAGAGCCGUAUGUACACGUCUUAUCAAAUAAGGAACGAGGCAGAAGAUGUGAUGCAUGUUUCGAAAGUGGUGAGGAUCUCAAAAGAUGUACUGUGUGUAAGGUAGUGCGAUAUUGUAACGCAGUGUGCCAGAAAGUGGACUGGACAUCACACAAGGGGGAAUGUCCUUGUCUAAAGAGAGUUUUUCCUGACGUGCCUCUGGAUAGUGUCCGCCUAAUGUUGAAACUUCUCUUAAAGCAAAAGGUUGGUGACAAUGGAAACUCUGUCAAAAAUGAUAUUGGUUGGAGAGACUUCUCCAAAUUCCAAUCACAUUCAGAUGAGAUCAAGUCUGACAAAAACAGAAUGGAACAGCUGUCCAAGAUUGUGUUUACAUUGAGAAAACUUCUUGGAGACACUACCCUUCCUCCUGCAGAUGACCUAUUAGAAAUAUUUGGAAAGAUGGUAAUCAACAGCUUCACAGUUUGUGAUGGAGAAAUGCAGUCCAUUGGUGUGGCUAUCUACCUCAGUCCAUCCUUGCUGGACCAUAGUUGUGAGCCUAAUGCUGUAGCCACAUUCCAAGGCACGAAGCUGAUAGUAAGGGCUACCCAGAAUAUACUUGAGCCAUCUCCAGCCAAUAUUUGUAUAAGCUAUGUGGACCAGCUGGAAACAAUAGAGGAGAGACAGAAACAGCUGCAGGAGCAGUAUUAUUUUACCUGUCAGUGUAACAGAUGUCAGGACAAAGGUCUGAAUGGUGAGAUGUUAAGUGUGAGAUGUCAGAGUGGCCAUUGUCAGGGAUACCACCGUAGGCUGGAAGAUGACAAGUUUGGGGACUGUAGAGGCUGUGGUUACCAAGGCAACACAAUCAGGGCAGAUGAUGUAGAAAACUUCUAUGAGGCAUGUCGUGAAUGUUUAAUGAAAAUCAAGGCAGUUAGUGAAAACGAUCCUUUAAAGGUACUUCAGCUAUGCGAAGAAUGUCAAAAGGAACAGAAGCAGUUGUUCACAGACUGUAAUGUCCAUUGUGUCCAUCUGUUGGUAAAGGCCUUUGAUGCAGGAAUCGACCGUGGUCAUUGGGAAGUUGCGCUUCAGUAUGGUUUGCGUGUUCAGGAAGCUUACAGAAAGUUUUAUCCACCAAACAGUCCCCAUGUUGGGAUUGAACAGAUGAAAGUUGGGAAAAUUCAGUUAUAUUUGGAACAGAGUCAGCAAGCGUUGAUAACUUUACAACAGGCAGCGACAACAAUAUCCAUUACCCAUGGUAAAAGUCACCCCCUAUAUGAAGAUUUGGCUGGUCUCAUACACCAGUGUGCCGAAGAAAUGAGAGCCAAGUUGGAGUUUUCUCUACAAGCUUAGACCUUAAACACAUUUAAAAAAAAUAAAUGGUAC